CAUAAAAAUAUAAAAUGACUCCGUGACAAACAGAUCACAUAGGCUCUUUGGUGUUCGGUCUCUCCUCGAAACGACAUACGUUGACCAUGGGAAGCCUCACCGUCCCUACGGAACCUACCAACGCCAUAGGCGCUUCCGAGUAUCGCCGCCGGCGGCCGCGUUUUCUCUGCCUUCACGGUUUCCGCACUAGCGCCGAGAUCAUGAGGAAGCAGGUGUUGGGGAAGUGGCCGGAUCUCGUCACCGCCCGCCUCGAUCUCUUCUUCGCCGACGCACCGUUCCCCGCAGAGGGAAAAUCGGAAGUCGAAGGCAUAUUCGAUCCACCUUACUACGAAUGGUUCCAAUUCAAUAAGGGUUUCACGGAGUUCAGAAAUUUCGAUGAGUGCCUUGACUACAUCGAGGAUCUGAUGAUCAAGCAUGGCCCGUUCGAUGGGUUGAUGGGAUUUUCCCAGGGGGCGGCCCUCUCCGCGGCGCUGCCUGGUCUCCAGGCGAAGGGCUUGGCUUUGAAGAGCGUGCCACAGGUGAAGAACGUUGUGAUAAUUGGCGGGGGGAAGAUUCCUGUUCCAAUUGUGGUGGAGAAGGCUUUCGAUGUCAAGAUAAAGUGCCCGUCCCUCCAUUUCAUAGGGGACUUGGACUUCUUAAAGGAGCGCGGCGAAGCUCUUUUGGACGCAUUUGUGGACCCCUUUGUUGUCCGCCACUCAAGGGGUCAUACCGUCCCCAGACUUGAUGAUAAGAGCCUGGAAACAGUGCUAGGUUACAUAGAUCGGAUUGAGAAGAAUAUGGAUGAAGAAACUGAGCUCUCUCGCUCUAAGUGUGAGGAAUCCAUUGAAGCUGCUUGAUGCUGAUGUGCAUAGGAAUCCAUUGAAGCUGCUCUAUUGCAAUUAUAGACCUCAGGAACUUUAUAGCUUGGAUACCGUACGUAUUUGAUUAUUCCAUGCAUGGAGCCAUCUAAAUUAUCAAUAAAGCUGGGUGCUCCAGUUGCUUGGGCUGGAUAAGAUUGUAUAAUUUCCACACAUGUGGAUAUCUUGAUUUCUAUUUAAAAACUUGUCAUAGGCUUCUGUAAUGUGUUCCUAUUUUUAUGAUACGUUUCAUGCGUCAAAUUGUCAUAUCAUGCCUACUGCCAACUGUAGGGUAUAAGGUUCA